AAAAUAAACAUUUGUCGUCUAAAUGCGACUUCCAAAACUUGGAUCAUUAGAAUAUAAUCUAGAUCACAAUGAACAUCUUUCGACUGUUGGGAGACCUUUCUCACCUCCUAGCUAUUGUCAUUCUUCUGUUGAAGAUAUGGAAGACCUACUCGUGUGCAGGUAUUUCCGGUAAGUCUCAAUUUUUGUUUGCUUUGGUCUACACAACCCGGUACUUGGAUUUGUUCACAUACUAUUACUCCCUUUACAACUCUUUCUUGAAGGUGGUAUUCAUCGCUACAUCCUAUGGCAUCCUUUAUUUAAUCUACGUUAAAUUUAGAGCUACUUAUGACCAAAACCAGGACACAUUCAGAGUGAAAUUGUUGCUGAUUCCUGUUGCUGCUUUAGCUCUUCUUUUUAAAUACGAAUUUUCUGUUAUGGAAGUUCUAUGGGCUUUCUCCAUCUACCUAGAAGCAGUAGCUAUCUUGCCUCAGUUUUACAUGAUGUUUAAGACGGGCGAGGCUGAAUCUAUGAUAUCAUACUACUUGUUUGCUUUGGGUUCAUACCGUGCCCUCUACAUCUUCAACUGGAUCUACCGUUACUAUUAUGAUGAGGGCUUCCAAGACUGGAUUGCUGUCAUAGCUGGCAUCGUUCAAACUACAUUGUAUGUUUGUUUUUAUGUUAGUUUGUAUGUUUGGCAGACACAUGAUGUCCUUCAGGAAAUUUCUACCGAUCGCUUUAAGGUGGAUGAAAAUGACCCGACUUUUACAGGACAUAAGAUUCUAUUAGAAACGCUGGCAAAAAUGGAGGAAAAGGAAGAAGACGACGACGAGGAGGAAAAUGACAAAAAAUCAGAGGAAGAAACAAAUUUAUUAGCUAUACAUUGUGGGCAUGUUGACGAAUCUUGAAGUUCUCCCUGUUGAACGUAUCCAUCAAAUUCUCAAAUUGUAUACAAUGCCAGGUUCUGGUAGAGCAGAAUGCACUCUACAACAGUUGAAAAACUUUCUUGAUUACAAAGUUAACCAGCA